AUGCCACAGGAUCCCAACCUCUACGGCCAGCGGCCUAUAAAGAAGCAAAAGCGCGAUACCAAACUCUCAACGUCACUAGACUUCACCGCUCAGCUGACGUCCCUCAUGUCAAAUGCCAAGUCGUCAGAGUCCACCGCUGCGCGGUCGCGCCAGGGCAAGCAAGCAAAAAAGGACCUCUUCACGGGAAAGCCCAAGAAGCAGGACGACAAAGAAGAUGAUGGCAAGCUAGUUCUCAAAGACGUCGUCGGAACAGAGGAUGAGGCCGCAGAGAGGGAACGCGCGAAGCGCAAGAUGGAGAUGAAGGCUCGCCUCUACGCCGCGAUGAAGAGGGGAGACUACGUGCCCAAGGAGAACGAGGCGGCCCCGCUCGUUGACUUUGACCGCAAGUGGGCGGAGAAUGAGGAAGAGAAGAAAGGGUACGCCACCAGUAGCUCUGACGAUGAGUCGGACGACGGAGGCGAGAUGGUGGAGUAUGAGGACGAGUUUGGACGAGUUCGCCAAGUGUCCAAGGCCGAGAAGGAAAAGCUCGACCGGAGAGUAAAGCGAGGUCUUCUUGGUGCAGAGGAGCUGGAGAGGAUGUCCGCUCGCCCCCUUGCGCCUGAAAAGCUGAUAGUCGGUGACACCGUUCAGUCGAUGGCAUUCAACCCAGACGACUUUGAUAAAAUGGAGGAACUAGCACGGAAACGAGACCGCAGUGCCACGCCGCCUGAGCUAAAGCACUACGACGCGGACUGGGAGAUCCGAACCAAGGGUGUCGGGUUCUUCAAAUUCAGCAAGGAUGAGGAAACGCGGACCCAGGAGAUGAAGAACCUGGAAGAGGAAAGGAAACGAACAGAGGAGCAACGCAAGGAACGAGAUGCGCAAAAGGAAGCCCGUCGGCUUGAAAUUGAACAACGGAGGAAAGAUAUGGCGGACAGACGUGCAAAACGACAAGCGGAUAGUUUCUUGGAUGGGCUCACAGACAAGUAG